AUGGGCAAAUCCCUUGGUGCGAGUCUUGUUAAAUACUUCACCACGACGAACAAUCAGUGGCUCCAAGGAUGGUUGAGGAGGGAAAUUCAAGCUUUACUCCAGGUAGAAGACAUUGAGAUUAUCGUCCAUCACAUACUUGGUGUAAUUGACUCGUUGAGGAGAAACGAACACCAAAACUCUCCAAGUACACUGGAAAGACAAGAAGAAACUUUCAAGGCCUUGGUAUGUCAAGCGGCGAGACCUUUCUUAGCUGGAAGAACCAAUUGGUUUGUAGAUGAGGUAGAACUGUUUCUAGCUUCAGGAUUGAAUAUUGAUGCCUACGACAAAGUAUACAUGCAGCAUUUGGGCUGGAAACCUCCCGGGAUUACCACCGAGGGAAUUGAUGGCGAAUCUACUGGAAAUGCACCUUUAGUUCCAUUCGCAUAUAUCUUUGAUGACGACUCUGAUGGAAAUGACUGAACAUUGCCUCGGCAACGUACGGUUAGUUAUUGAUUUGUUCCAUAAUCGUUUGUUACAUUAUCUACCUUGCGACAGUCUUUGAGCCUUGCAGUCCUUGUAACGAAAUCACGAAAGAAUCUGAACAAGUUGUUCUAUCCAUGAUUUUUUUUCUCUUUGAUAAA